UUCUAGGCACUUUGGAUGCACAGAAAAGGGGGAGAGAGCAGCAGAAAAUGGAUUAUUUCUCCUAGUGCAAGGAGAUAAAUGUGCACAAAAUGGGAUCAAGCAGCUGGUGUUUGUGGUGGUUGUUCACCUUCGGGACUCUUGUGGCGUCGCUUCGGAGCGUCCGACAUUGCCUGAGAGGGAUCUCCAUGAACGUGAUUCUGCUGGAUGACGAAGAGUCGCCUUGGAGCUUAAAGUUUGUGAGAGGGCAAAUACUGAAGGCGUUAGAGUCCGAAUCCGGGGUUGAUGAAAACGGGGUGAGAUUUAAUCUCACGGCCAAAUUUGGUGGUUUUAAUACUACUUUCUAUGAACAAAGCGGCUGCUCGAGUAGCACAUGUGAAGGAGUGGCUGAGUUAAGAAACCUGAUGUCUACGGGCAACUUGGGAUGUGCUGUGCUUGGACCCACAUGCACAUUGGCCGCUUUCAAUAUGGUUGAUGAUGAGAGGGGACUGAAACUGAGCACACCCAUCAUCUCAGCAGGCAGCUUCGGCCCCUCCUGCGAUAACAAGGUCAACCUCCAGCGCGUCCUGCCGCCCGCGCUCAAAAUUUCCGACUUUUUCGUCCACUUCUGGAAAGAAAACAACUCUAUCAAGCCGCCAUGGGAGACUGCUUAUGUGUACAAGAAGGAGAAUAACACGGAGGAAUGUUUUUGGUAUAUAAAUGCACUGGGGGCAGCCGAACACAUAUUUGCCAAAAGCGUGGCAAGAACAAUACUGCACACACCAGAAGACCUGCAGAAGGUUUUGUCAUCACACAGGAACAGGACGAGCAACUUGUUCAUCAUGUGUGGUUCCAUGAUGGAUGUUGUGGAGGUGAAGAAUCUCACCGCAGAAGCAGACAGCAGUGACAUUCUCUUCAUCCUUAUUGAUCUCUACAACGACCAAUACUACAUCAACACAACGUCCCAGCCAUCUAUGAAGAAUGUGUUGGUACUCACCAUGCCCAACACCAGGAAUUACACCAUAGACCCAGACCUGACAAGCAACACCACAAUGAAUGACUACAUGGCUGCGUACCAUGACUCAGUGCUGCUGGUCAGUCGAGCGAUAAAGGAAAUAUCCCAAAAACCUCAUUCAGAGCAUUAUCACUCACUAUAUGUUAAUGUAAAUUACCUCAGGAACACCUCCUUUGAUGGUAUUGCAGGAAACUAUCGGAUAGACAAGAAUGGAGACAGAGAUGUGAAUCUCUCUAUCAUUUACACCACCAAUAACAACAAGUUUUGCACCUUAUUUACCUUUGACACAGAGCACAGUCUGACCACACUGGUUGAGACCAAACCCUCUUUCGUCUGGGGGAACAGACUUCCUGAUUUCAAGCCAGCUUCAGAAGGAGCAUCACUUGACAUCGUCGUCAUAGUUUUGGGGGUGAUUGUGGUGGUUGUGGCCAUCAUUGCCUUCAUCUUCUACAGACAGAACAGGAGAGAUCGGCUGCUGAGGAAACGGUGCUCUGACUCCCACAUCCCCUCUGAACUUGUCACCCUGUUGGAGGACAACUCAUUGAACCAAGUUGUUCUGAAGAUUGAAAAUGAGAGGAAAAACAAAGUAUUUAAGAUCCGCCGUGCGCUCUACGACAAGAAGAUUGUCAUUCUGAAGGAGCUCAACCACUCAGAUGGAAACUUCAACGAGACCCAGAAAAUGGAGCUUAAUGCUCUCUUGCAAAUCGACUAUAACAACCUCACCAAGUUUUACGGCACAGUGAAGUUGGAUGAGGGCGUGUUUGGGGUUUUUGAGUACGGUGAGCGGGGAUCACUUAGGUACGUGCUGAAUGACAAGGUCUCUUAUCCGGAGGAGACGUUCAUGGACUGGGAGUUUAAGAUCUCUGUCAUGUACGACAUCGCCAAGGGCAUGUCCUACCUGCAUGCCAGUGACAUCCAGGUGCAUGGACGCCUUAAGUCCACCAACUGUGUGGUGGACAACCGCAUGGUUGUGAAGAUCACAGACUUUGGUUGCAACUCCUUUCUCAAGCCUGGCAGAGACUUGUGGACAGCGCCAGAGCACCUCAGGAAGCAGGGCACCUCCCAAAAAGGAGACGUGUACAGCUUCGCCAUCAUUGCUCAGGAGAUAGUUCUAAGAAAAAGUACCUUCUACACCGAAUGCUGCUCUGACCGAGCAGAAAAACUGUCCAAGGUCAUCAUGUCCUACUUCAGGCCAGAUCUAGACUUUGACACAGCUUCAGAGAAAGAACACGAAGUGUAUAUGCUGAUAAAAAGUUGUUGGGAAGAGGAUGCUGAGAAAAGACCUGACUUUAAGAAGGUAGAAAACUGUUUGGGCAAAGCCAUCAGUAAAAUUCACAACAAGGACAACGAGAGCUACAUGGACAACUUGAUUCGCAGGCUGCAGAUGUAUUCCAGAAACCUAGAGCACCUGGUGGAGGAGAGGACGGUGCUUUACAAAGCCGAGCGGGAUCGAGCAGACUGCCUCAACUUCAUGCUACUUCCUGGCCCCGUGGUGAAGAGCCUGAAGGAGACGGGGGGAGUGGAGCCUGAGCUGUACGACGAGGUGACCGUUUAUUUCAGCGACAUCGUAGGCUUUACCACGCUGUGCCUGUACAGCACACCCAUGGAGGUCGUCGACAUGCUCAAUGACAUCUACAAGGGCUUCGACAGCAUCCUCGACCACCACGACGUCUACAAGGUGGAGACAAUAGGUGAUGCCUACAUGGUGGCCUCCGGUCUCCCAAGGCGGAAUGGCAACAGACACGCGGUGGAUAUCUGCCGCAUGGCCUUGGACAUUCUGGCCUUCAUGGGCACCUUCCAGCUCCGACACCUGCCUGGCAUCCCUGUGUGGAUCCGCAUCGGUGUGCACUCAGGUCUGUGCGCGGCAGGCGUGGUGGGGAUAAAGAUGCCCAGAUAUUGUUUAUUUGGAGACACUAUCAACACGGCGUCCCGCAUGGAGUCCACCGGACACCCCCUGCGGAUACACGUCAGUCAGCCCACCAUUGAUAUCCUGACCAGGACAGACUGCAAGUUCGAGUACGAGAUGAGAGGGGAAACAUAUCUGAAGGGUAAAGGAACAGAGACCACCUAUUGGUUGACGGGUGAGACAGGAAAAGACUAUGAUCUACCAACUCCACCUACAACAGAGAACUUCCAGCGGCUCCAGCAGGACCUGGCCCACAUGAUCCUGGCUUGUCUGGAGUGCCGUUCCCAAGGCUCCGUGCGCAGAAGACGAACACUUUUAAGUGAAAGCCAGGACGACCGCACAGAUCGAGAACCUGAGGUGGAACCUCUGGAAUAUUUGCAUCUGGGAACUGUGGAUAACACCCUCAGCACCUUCUUGUGAGAUGAUAUCAGUAAAAAAUGAUAACAUCACCAAUACAACAUCAAAUUGAUCAUUUACUGCUAAGUUUGUCAUCCAUGAGAUGAACAAAGCAUUUGGUAACGUUGGCCUAAAAAGAGGCAAUACAUGACAAAGAUAAUACAGUGAUACCUCAACUUUAGAGUGUUUUGAGAUAAAAGUUGUCUUAUGCUUUAAUAUGCAAGCAAAAACAUUUGAGUUCCAAGCGUCCUCGGUCCAUGCAAAUGUCACAGUGAACCCCGUAAGAUCCAACCAAAACAUCUGGACCUACCCACUAGCAUUAGCUUUUAGCUAAAGAUCGACAUAGCUUGGUUUUUCUAAGGAUGGGAAAAAAGAAAAUGGAUGUGAAGGACAGUGCUGAGAAGAAAUGGAUGAUAUUCAUUGAAUUAAAAAAAUAAAUGAUCAAAGCAUGACCGAAAAUUUUGCCAACUUGGCGAGGAAAUUUGAGCGUAACACUGAUAGCCAUACUGAAGCAGAAUGUGUCAACGUCAGCCAAGAAUGUUAAAAUAAUAUCAAAGCGGCAAAUAUUUAUCCAUGAAAAUAUGGAGAAGCUGCUGGUGGCGUUGGACAGAGAAACAGCUGGAUGGAGAUAGAUUAGAAGUAAAAGCUGCAUAUUAUUACAAUUCUUCAUAAAACUACUGUCAUUGUUAGUACAUUCUUUUAAAAAGGCGCUACGUGUUAAAAUUGUGCUGUUUGGGGCGGGAAGCACCGAUUAAAUUGAUUUCAACGGUAACGUUGAUUUGAGAUACAAGUGUCUUGAGUUAAGAGCUCCGUCACAGAACCAAUUUAGCUCGUAAGUUGAGGUACUAGUGUACUUGUUGUGGUUAGAGUGUCCGCCCUAAGAUCGGGAGGUUGUGAGUUCAAACCUCGGCCGAGUCAUACCAAAGACUAUAAAAAUGGGACCCAUUAUCUCCCUGCUUGGCACUCAGCAUCAAGGGUUGGAAUUGGGGGUUAAAUCACCAAAAAUUAUUCCCGGGCACGGCCACCGCUGCUGCUCACUGCUCCCCUCACCUCCCAGGGGGUGAACAAGGGGAUGGGUCAAAUGCAGAGGACAAAUGGGCAAUUAAAACAAGGGAUUUAUAACCACUUUGGUAUGACAUUUCGCUUCUUAUUUUGCAUUUGCAGCGAAAACAUUUUUGUCAAAAACUAUUUAGCGCUUUAAAUACGUGACUUUUGAAAAAAGCCUGAAGUUCAUAGUUAGCACUUAUAUCAAAUGUUUGUUGCUUGUGAAAUCAUGUCAAAUAAUUAUAAAAGAAAUACAUAGGACAGCAUAUUUUUUUAACCAGAGUCUUUUAUUUUGAGAGUAGUGACAUUUAUUUACACAAAAUACAACUUCUUAUUUUUCAGAAUGUUUCUCAGCUUGUUGUGUUGUAAAGUACAUUGAUGCUGUGACUGUAUCAAAUACAACUAUUUUUAAUUCCACAUCCUGUCUCUGUGUUUGUUGUU